AUGGAGGCGACGGAUUACAGUGCAUGGUCAAAUGAGAAGCUCAUUGAGCGAGUCACCCAGCUGGAAGCAGAUCUCAAAAGACGCAACGAAAGUGUUAUCGCUUCCAUUCCCUCAGUGAACAAACACUGGAAGAAACGAACCGAACGAGCCUUCGAUCCCGCCAAAUAUAAUACUCGUCUUGUCGCAUUCAAGCUCGCGUACCUGGGCAAGAAAUUCAAUGGGUUCGAGAAUCAUGCUCAUGUCACGCCGCUUCCCACGAUCGAAGAAGAGCUAUGGAAAGCGUUCAAUAAAGCUCGGCUCAUAUUCCCAAAAGAUCUGAAGCCGCUGGAACCAGGCGCUGUCAAUUGGGAGGGUACAGAAUACAGUAAAUGUGGGAGAACAGAUAAGGGAGUCAGCGCUUUUGGGCAAGUCAUUGGAAUUCGAGUGCGGAGUAAUCGACCUUUGCCAAAAAAGAAGGAAAAUCCCAAGGCCUUGGAUCUAGCAGAUUCUGGAGCCGACGAGAUAUUCAACACAUACCCACGCGAAAAUGGAAUCGAGACUUCCUCUCCGCCACUUGACCCUUCUCGGGUACCUUUCCGGGAACCGCCUGUGGACAAGGUGACUCUCGAUAUGGGUAAUCCAGACUUCGAAGAGUCACUGAAUUUCGAUCCAAUAGCGGACGAAAUUCCCUACUGUGCUCUUCUAAAUCGCCUGCUGCCCCCGGAAAUCAGAAUACUAGCUUGGUGCCCAUCUCCACCAUUGGAUUUCUCUGCGCGCUUUUCCUGCCGAGAACGUCGAUACAAGUACUUCUUCACCAAUCCAUGUUUGCCUCCAGUGCCACAUAACCUUGAUUCGACAACAAAAUUGAACCCGCGAGGAGUAAAAGAUGGAUAUCUGGACAUAGAUGCUAUGAAAGAGGCGGCGAGAUUGUUUGAAGGGAGUCAUGACUUUAGAAACUUCUGUAAGGUCGACCCUGGAAAGCAGAUUACGAAUUUUGAGAGAGUUAUGUUUCAUGCUUCUAUCCAAGAGGAAACUGGCAUUGAUCCAAGCAUUGGGUUUACAGCUUCUCCGGAGUUUGCGCCGAAGGAUGGGGUGAAGCACUCUGUUUACAGCUUUAAUCUUCAUGGAUCCGCGUUUCUGUGGCAUCAAGUACGAUGUAUGGUCUCCAUAUUAUUCUUGGUUGGUCAAGGUUUGGAAAAGCCUUCAAUCGUUUCUGAGCUCUUGGACGCUACAAAGAAUCCAAGAAGACCUACCUACGAAAUGGCUACAGACACACCGCUUAUCCUCUGGGAUUGUAUAUUUCCAAAAGAGAACGACCCAGAACGCAAAGACACUUUAGAUUGGGUGUAUAUUGGCAACGGUCGUGGUCAAGGAGAUGCUAAAUAUGGCCCUGCUGGGCUGAUGGAAAAUGUGUGGAGUCUGUGGCGAGAGAAGAAGAUGGAUGAGUUGUUGGUGGGAAGUCUGAUUAAAUUGGUUCAGAGUCAAGGCGACCCGGUGCAAGAGUUAGAGCCUGGAAAGAAACCAAGUCGAAGCCAGAGGUGUUUCGACGGCAGUAAUGAACCGAAGAUGCAAGGCAGUUAUACACCAGUGAUGAAGAAGCCUAAGAUGGAGGCUGUGGAGGUGGUCAACGAAAGAUUUGCGAUUAGGAAAGGGUUCGAGAACUCGGCCGACAUGAAGAUCAAGGGAUUCAGGAAUCCCCCUUCGAUAAAAGAAGAGAAACAAGCGUCGGUGCAAAGUGCUGUUGAAGAUGCGCCGCAGAUACCCAUUAGUAGGGUUGCUGUCGACUGA